CACAGCUCACAAAUCCCAUCCUCAACAAGCAAAUCAAGAACCCAAGAAAUCUCAACACCAACAACCUUAAUCACUCCCGACUUAGCACAAAAAUGAAGUCGUCAAUCCUCCUAAUGGCUUCAUUCUUCCUCCUAGCUGCCUUGAUGACCACAAAGUUACCGGUCUCAUUCGCCGCUUCUCCGGUCCCGGUCACUGACGUGGACAGCACCCCACUCCGUUCCGGCCUCAAGUACUUCAUCCUUCCCUCCGUCUCUGGAAACGGCGGCGGUGUAGCCCUCGACCGAACCAAGACCAAAAAAUGCCCGCUCUCCGUCUUCCAAGACGACUACGAGCUCUCCAAGGGCCUCUCCGUGGUCUUCCUUCCGGUCAGCGCCAAGCCAGGCUACACCGUCCAAACUGCCACUGACCUCAACAUCGAGUUCACGGCGGAGACGGCAUGUGACGAGGCGACGGUGUGGAAGGUGGAGAGCUAUGACGACGAUGUCAAGCAGUGGUUCAUUGGAACCGGCGGGAUCGAAGGGAAGCCCGGUCCGAGGACGGUGGAGAACUGGUUCAAGAUCGCCAAGUUUGGUGGGAACUACAAGAUCGUGUACUGUCCUUCGGUGUGCAAGUCUUGCAAGGUUACAUGCAAGGACGUUGGGAUCUAUGAGGACGAGGAUGGCAAGAAGAGGCUUGCGCUUAGUGAUGAUCCCAUGAUUGUUAAGUUCAUGAAGGCUCCUACUCACUGAAAGAUACUGAAAAUCUAAUGUAUUAUAAAUACGUUACGAAUACGUUUACUUAUGUAUUUGUUUGAGAAUAAGAGCUAAAAAAAAAGCACCAUAUAUAUGUAUGGCGGAAAAGCUCAUCAAUUAUAUUGCUUUUAUGUACUUGGAAAUUAUUCAUUAAUUUCAUUGUACUACAUGUUUGAUUUAGAAAAUUCACCUGGAUCCUGUUAGAGACUGGUAUAAGAUCUAGCAGAAAAUUCUCCCAACAACUCGAGUUAUUUGAAGCAACUGAUUCUUGACAUGGUAUCAGAGUCUGGUUUGAUCAAGUGGUCGUGUGUUCCAAUCUCCACGACUCCCAAUAUUAACAGUUGAUUAAAGCAUAAGGUAUGGUGGGUCUGUGCAAACUUCAAGCCCAUGGGUUGGCUUUCGUUUGAAGGGGCGUGUUAGAGACUGAUAUAAGAUCCAGAAGAACCUUCUCCCAACAAAUUGGGUUAUUUAUUCACCGAAAAAAAAGAACUAAAGAGCGGAUCCCCAACUUCUAAACGGGCAUUUACGGGGGCUAGCCCAAUCGAGUGACGUCCACAUUCUUCCUUCUUUUCAGACAAAGCAAACCAGAAACUAAUCAAACCUUCUCCUUUUCGUUACAAUCUCAUUUCCUUCCCUUUCGAUCGAAGAAUCCAGACGAACUUUUAUUUCGAUUAGAUCCUGCAAGGAAACUACGCUUUUUACGUUGCAUUCCAUUAUCUGAAUUAUUCUUUCCGGAUAGCCUGGUAUGAUGCCACCCGGAGGGACAGAAAUAAAAGGCCUUUUCGCGCGCGUCCAUAGUGACUAGGAUGGAUAUCUCGUAUCCGAAAACUCGCAGUUCGCCCCGUCAAUCCCCCCGGACCCAUUGUAAUUGUAGGAGGGAAAGUAAAAGGUGUGAUUUACAACCACCCUGCCCCUAGCCCUACCAUGGAAUAAAGAUAUAGCCCUAGGGCCGUCUUUCCCGCUGUCGUUCUCAGAUGAAAGAUACGAAAGGUACGAAGUAACUCGACUGACAGGGUCUCCUUUUACUAUUCUUUCUCGUGUAUAAUCCUGCAUAAUCUUGAAUGUUAUCAGUUCCGGUACGUAGACCAAAUAAUACCAUGCAAGUAAAAGUUCCUAGAUUCAUGGGAUAUAGAAGAGCAUAUAAGUUAUCAUGCUUGCAUAUCCACCAUCUCGGUCACUUUUACUUUUUCGUUAUUUCGUAAUCCCUAGGGCAUGAUACCUUAUAGCUUCACAGUUACAAGUCAUUUUCUCAUUACUUUGGGUCUUUCAUUUUCCAUCUUGAAUCUUCUAGUUACCCAUUUUUUGCUUGAUUUUUUUUAUUUGUAUGGAAUGUGUAAGUAGCCUUACCCUCGUUUUCGAGGGUUGCGCUCGUUGCGGGAUUUAACCCAACACCUUACGGCACGAGCUGACGACAGCCAUGCACCACCUGUGUCCGCGUUCUCGAAGGCACCCCUCUCUUUCAAGAGGAUUCGCGGCAUGUCAAGCCCUGCAAGGGAGUCCUUGCUGAUUCACACGGGAUUCCACGUGCCCCAUGCUACUCGGGUCAGAGCAUAAGUUAGUGAUGCUUUCGGCUACUGGACUUUCGCCAUCUAGGGUGUUCGAGUAUAUUCGUUCCUCGACUAAAAGGAGAGGAACGACAUGUUUCCACUUGGGGCGCUUCUGUAAUAAAUAGCGUAUAUUUCUUUUUAUAGAUUUGGGAAUAUUCAUUGAGACGAAAGAUACAUAUUUGCAGUCCAUUAUUUUGAUAAAAGGGAUCGGUAUAU